AUGCGGGCUGCGAGCCUCGGAAGAAGGGGCUGCCUGGUGUCCGUCAGAUCUGUUGCGGUGGAGGUGGUCCCUCCUGCCCCGAAACUGCAUGUCUCAGCUCUGGAGAUUGCACGGCUCCCCCUGCUGCAGUUUCCGGGGAGGAUCCUUGUCAUCUCCAGCCCAGAGGAGGAGAAGCGAGUCGAAGAACUCUUCAAGGGAGAGGCACUCCUGGGCUUUGACUCUGAGAGCAGGCCGAGUUCGGCGUUGGCGCAGAAAAACAGGAUGGCCUUGAUUCAGAUCGCGUCCGAGAAGGUGGCUUGCCUGUGGCGGCUGGGCGAGCUGAGGUCUUUGCCGCCGCUGUUAAGGAGACUGCUGGAGGACCGGGACGUUCACAAAGUCUCUCAGGGAGCUGUGCACGAGCUGAGUGCCUUGAAGGAGCAGUGGGGAAUCAACCCCCAGUCUUUCCUCGACCUGCACCACAUCGCCAUGCACUUGAGAACCACGCCACGCUCCCUCCAGGGGCUCGUGGCCAUUUUUCUUCAGAGGCGACUCAGUAAGGAUCAGCGGCUGACGGACUGGCAGCAGAGCCCGCUCACACAGGCCCAGAUUGAGUAUGCGGCCAUUGACGCCUGGGCCGCUCGGCAGGUGCCCGCCAUGGCAGCGUACAGAAGUGGUUUCAUUCUAAUCCAAAACAGCAGCAACAUGGCUUUUUUCCAUUCCGAAGGAAUUUUUGGUUCCCAGAUUCAUCCAGCGAUGGACUCGGAUAUCGAGGCCCCGCCAAGCCCAGAUCCGACGCCGCCCAGUCCGAGAUCGGGCGAUUGGUUUCAGCGUUUACUGAACUUGCUAGCAGCCUUCCUGUUAACCCGCCGCAACAGCUGCGCAUCGAUACAAUCAACCGGAGAGGGCUCCACGAACUUCGUGGAGGUUCUGGCGCAGAUUCAGGCCUUGCAGGAGAAGCUGCUCCAUAUUUAUGAAGCAGAUGUGGAAGGGAUGACCACACAGUCAAAGAAAGUGCUGAGACCGAUGAAGAGCUUUUCGAAGCAGCUGAGUGUGAUGGAUGCCACCAAGAGUGCCACGCUGCUUAACGAGUACCAUGACUCCUUGGCGAGGGCCGCAUCGCCGCAAGAUGACAUGCCGGAGACUUUGCCUGCUGGUCCAAAAGCCGGAUCAGCGUCAAGCUUGGCGAAGUCAGCGCACGAUGUAACUGCCGCCAGCAUGGAAGAGACCCUUCGGCUUGGAGAACAAGCCUUUCAAGUGGGUGUUGAGUGGGCCAUGGAGGAGAGCGAACUGGCCGAUCUGCAGCGGAGCAACGCCUUCAUCGCGCCGCGGCAGACGACGACGACGUCGGGCGCAGCUCGGAAGCUUCGCACAGCCACCGAGCGACCUGCACAGGGCUGUGCCAUCAGCCCUGAGUCGCCCAAGAGGAUGCUUUGGGACAUCCUGUCUAUGGUGGCCUUGCUGGUGGAGGUCUUGACAGCUCCACUCCAAGUCUAUGAUAUUUCUGGGGAAGUCCGGCAGGUUGGGGACGUCUUACACUGGUCAACCACCAGCUAUUGGGUUCUGGACGUGCCGGCAUCAUUCCUUACAGCAGUCUAUAUCAAUGACAUCCUGCACACCAAGCUUGCCGAUGUGGCGCGUGUGUACUUGAGGUCUUGGUUUCUCUUCGACAUGCUUAUGUUGGCGCCGGAGGCGGUCUUCUUCGCCAGCGUGCUCGCGCAGCAGCCGGGAGAAGAAUCCGAGGACCCAGCAGCAUCCGGCCUGCUGCGGGCCUUGCGCGCACGGCGCCUGGUGCGCGUCGUUCGUUUCGUUCGGAUUCUCCGAUUCCAGAAAGCCAUGGUUGUCCUAAAGAAGUUGAGCUGCUACAGGCAUUUCAGGCUGUUCUUCCAAGGCCGGAUUUCGUCUUCUUUGCUGCCGGUCCUUUGCUUGAUGUUCGGCCUUGCAGCUGCAGUGCACUUCCUGGCAAGUUUGUGGUUUGUGGCAGGGACCGUCGAACACGGUUGGGCUUUUGAUGAAGGUCUGCAUGAGGCUCCUUUCGCCCUACAGUAUAUACGAAGUGUGGAGUGGGCGGUGUCUCGGUUGCCGGCAUCUUCUUUGAGAGCCAACGUCGAGCUCCACACCGCCUUCGAGCGCUGGUUGGCCAUCCUGGCCACGUUUGCUUCUUUGAUCAUUUCCUCAAUGUUUGUCAGUAUCUUGACCAACCUAAUGGCGGACGUUGCUCGUCGAACACGAAAGAUGGCACAGAUCCUGGAGUCUGUCAGAAAGUACUGCGGAACAUGUGGGGUGUCCUAUGCUCACACCAUGAAGGUGAGAAGGCUGGUGGAACGGGAGCAUUGCCGGGCCAGCAUCCAGGAUCAUAUGCAAUUCUUGCUGACGCUUCCCGAGGCUCUCGUCAAAGAGUUGUUCCACGAGGCCCGCUCCAUCACACUGGCUUGCCAUCCCUUCUUCAUGGAAAUCGGGGCUAUGAACCCCACUAUGGAGUUGCAACUGUGCAACAAAGCCGCGAAAGAGCUCUACCUCCUGGAGCAUGAUGAAAUGUUCCGUGGCAAUGAGAAAGGUGAAGGUAUAUAUAUCCUGGCAUCCGGCGCAGCUCAGUACGCUCAAGGAGCUGAGUUCUACCUGCCACUCACAGGUGACAGAGACAAGGCUCGGCAGUCGGCAUCACCGAAUAUUGCCCUGCGCUUCUUCAACGUCGUCGCCGGCACGAGCGAUCGACUCGGUGAAAAGAAUGAAGGUCGACGGCGGAGUGAGAGCAAACCUUCCAAACCUCCAGUUGAUGUUUCCGCUGACGACUACCUCAGCGAGCAGGCGUUGUGGAUCCGGGGCUGGAAGCAUCAGGGAAGGCUGGCGGCCAUAGUUGAGAGCAGAGCUCUUCACUUGGCUACGGUGGAGGUCCGCUCGGUGCUGAACGACUAUUCGGACGUUCUGGCCGUGGCCGUGGUCUACGCCCGCUCCUAUGUGGAGACGAUGAAUCGACUGUCGGCAGAGGAAGUAUCCGAUUUGCCCCUUGAUCCCAGUCAGUUCGAGAUGGAUCCGGCGUGGUCUGUCAAAGUCGCUUCCGAGAUGAGACGCGACAACCGGCUGGACAGAGUUGAGCCUGAACCGCUGGACUAG